GAAGUAAUGAAAGUUAUCAAGUAACAUUUAAAUCGUCUUUUGUGUGAAUAUUUAAAACUAAAGAAACAUCAAUAAUAUCGGUUGAAAAACAAUAAAAAUGACUAAAGAGAUUAUAAUUCGAAUUCAGACGCCUGACGGCAUGAAAAGAGUCAACAUCCCGAGCACCUCAACAUUGAAAGACUUGUAUGAUAUGGCUUAUAAAACAUUAAAUCUUCUGGAUUAUGGAUUCGGCUUAUUUUCUGAUCGUGGUUGUUCUAAAGAACUUCGAUCAACUCGCUCUGUUACUAUAAAUAACUCUAAAUUAAAUCAUGGUGAUGUCAUUUAUUACAAGCAAAUGGCAGGCUCAUCUUCUCAGUCGACUACAAGCAGUUCGUCAAGUAGUAACUCAAUUACACCAGUUCCGAUGAAAAAGCAAGCACCAUCAGUUGUUGAAGAUCCUGUAGACAUAGAAUUGUUCAAGUUAGAUGGACGUAUAGAACGUAAGAAAGAUGAAAAACUUUGUCAUCACACAAACAACAGCCGUUGUGUGCAUUGUGCAUCACUCGAACCGUUCGAUGAAAGUUAUCUGAAAGAGCAAAAGAUCAAACAUCUUUCGUUUCAUUCUUAUCUUCGUAAAAUGACUUCGGGAAUGGAUAGAGGAAAGUUUGUGGCAUUUGAAGAUAUAAAUUGCAAAAUUAAGGGCGGCUGUCGUGAGCAUCCGCCAUGGCCAAAAGGAAUCUGUUCAAAAUGUCAGCCUUCUGCAAUAACACUGAAUCGUCAAACUUAUCGGCAUGUUGACAAUGUGAUGUUUGAGAACAAUGGAAUUGUCGAUGAAUUUCUGAAUUAUUGGCGAAUCUCAGGCAAUCAACGAAUUGGCUUUCUUUACGGUACUUACGAAGUGACAACUGAUGUUCCUUUAGGUAUUCGUGCAAGGAUAGUUGCUAUUCACGAACCACCACAAGAAAGUACACGUAAUGCAAUUAAAUUGUUGGAAGAUCCAUUAGAUGGUGAAGUACAAGAAAUGGCUGAAAAAUUAGGUCUGAAAAAAGUUGGAUGGAUUUUUACUGACCUUUUAAAUCACGAGACGAUCUCAGGAAAAGUGAAGCAUCUUCGUGGCAUUGACACAUUCUUUUUGACAGCGAAAGAAUGUAUUCUCGCUGGACAUUUCCAAAACUUGCAUCCAAAUCCAUGCCGUUACUCGUCAAAUGGAUUUUUCGGAUCAAAGUUUGUUACAAUUUGCGUCACAGGUGAUAAAGAAAAUCAAAUUCACAUGGAAGGAUAUCAAGUGUCAGCACAAUGCAUGGCAUUAGUUCGUGAUAAUUGCUUGCUACCAACGAAGGAUGCCCCUGAGCUUGGCUAUGUACGUGAAUCGACUGACAAGCAAUAUGUUCCAGAUGUCUUCUAUAAGAUAUAA